GCCAUCCUGUCCCUAAUGAAACCGGACUGGGUGGCUGGACGAAAAGAUGAACGGGGAUUUAAACUGUGUGUCACAUCGUUGCAGAGAAUGAAAGACCUCUCUCAUCAAAAUCUGACAACUGUUCCCUUAAAUCUUCCCAAAGACACGGAGUAUUUGGACAUUUCUCACAACUCCAUCCAAAGACUGAGCGGAGCUCCGUUUUCUAGACUGUCCCGGCUCUGUUGUCUGAAGGUGACUCACUGUGGCCUGCAGAACAUCUCUCCUGCUGUGUUCGCUCACACGCCAGCACUCAAAGUUCUAAAUAUAUCUUACAAUGACUUAGCUCUCAUCCCUGACAUUCCAUUGAAACAGCUGAAAAUCCUUGAUUUGGCCAACAAUCUGUACAGCAGCUAUAGUAUUCCAGCGUCAUUUCAGAAGCUAACGAAUCUGGACGUGCUGUCAUUGGGCAGCACAGCUGCUCCGUCAGUCAACCUCCAUGACUUUGAUCCGUUGGCGAACGUUUCUCUGCAUCAUCUGGUUUUGGGAGCAGGAAUUGGCUGGCAAAAGUAUGACGCCGGAGCUCUUGCAAAACUGAAGUCUCUUCAAACUUUUUCACUUUUCGCAUCUUUUUGCGCUGCUCCCGGGAUGUUCAAGAACGUCCUCGUGGACUUGAAUGCGACAAGAGCAACAUCGCUGAGAUUCAUCACUCCAUUUCCAGAAAAGUGCAGUGUGACCGGCGAAAUGUUUAACAACCUGAGAACAAUGCCAUUCAUACGGAAUCUCACCGUAGAAAACACGUGGAUAAACAGCUCCUUUAUGGAGGGCUUUUUCAAGAACGUGUGGCUCUCCCACCUUUAUGACCUCUCGUUCGUCAACAUCACUUAUAAUGAAGACACACCAGACGGGUUUCAGUUUCGCACCAUUAAUCACACGGUCAACCUUUGCUCAAUUACCUUCAACGGUGUGCAUCAUUAUCAAUACAGAUACCCCACAAUCAACAUGAGCUUAGAGGCCAUCUCAAAUCUGACCUAUUUGAAGUUCUCCAGGAGCGGAAUGAACAUUAUACCCUGCAAUCUCUUCUCUGUCCUGCCAGCGCUGGAGACGCUGGAUCUGUCAGAUAACCUCCUAACGGACGCAGGCUUCUGGUGGUUCAAGUGUACGCAAACCUCCGUCUUCCCCAAACUCAGGAGACUGUCCUUAAGCAAGAAUCGAUUCAGCAGUCUUUCCUUUAUCUCUGAGCAGACAAAUCAGAUGAAGACAUUAGAGUCUCUGGACCUCAGCUUCAACUCCAUCUACCUGGACCGGGAAUGCUCUUGGCCUGCUCAGCUGACUGAACUCAGACUGGGAAACAACAACCUGGGCAACAGCGUCUUUGAAUACCUGUCCUCACACUUUGAGAGGAUCGACUUGUCAAAGACGGGAAUCACAGCCGUAACGCAGGAAACUCUGUCACGCUUUCCCAAGCUGACCCACCUCCAACUCAGCUUCAACAGCAUCCAGGUCCUCCCUGCAGAUCUCAGCGCCCCAGCGCUGCUCAGUCUCUACGUAGACCAGAAUGCUAUCACAUCUGUAUCCAGGGAGGUCUUAGCAGGACUUCCCGGACUUCAGACCCUCAAAGCUGGAAACAAUCCAUUCGUCUGCUCAUGUGACUCUUAUUGGUUCGUCACUACUCUGAACAAGUCCUUGCUCCCGGACUGGCCCUUAGAUUAUACAUGCAGCACCCCGCCAUCUUUUGCAGGCCUGUCACUCUCCGAGUACAAAACCAGUGAACUGUCAUGUGAGAUGUGGCUUCAAGCUGCAGUUGCUGUUCCUGUCGUAAUAAUGAUAUCUGCAGCCAUGGGUCUGCUUUUCUAUAAGUGCGACGGAGUGUGGUAUACAAAGAUGUUAUGGGUGUGGAUCAGGGUGAAGAGGAGAGGCAGGAAACGCUCCCACAUGUUGAAGAAUCUAUCCUGUAGUUAUCAUGCAUUCAUCUCCUACAGUCACCAGGACUCUGGCUGGGUGGGCAGCCAGCUGGUGCCCACUCUGGAAGGUGCCAGGUUUUCACUCUGCGUUCACGAGCGUGACUUUGUCCCCGGUGAGUGGAUCAUAGACAACAUCAUCAACUGUGUGGAGUCCAGCUACAAGACGCUGUUUGUCCUCUCCAAACACUUCGUCCAGAGCGAGUGGUGCAACUACGAGCUCUUCUUUGCCCAGCACAGAGCCAUCAGUGUCCAGCAGGACUCUUUAGUCUUCAUAUUACUGGAGCCCAUUCCGACUAACUCUCUGCCCAAAAAGUUCCUGAGACUUAGAAGUUUACUGAGGCAGCAGACGUACCUGGAGUGGCCGAAGGAUGAACGGAAGCAGCAGGUUUUUUGGGCAAGUCUUAAAUCCAUGCUGCACAUGGCAGACAAAUCGAUGGUUCUGAAGGAUGUGGCUUUGGCCCUUUCAGAUACAGCACCUCUAGUUACAGACCAAGAGUAA